AUGCGGCACCGACGCAAGGAGCGGGAGUACAGAAGCGGAGCUGCUGCAAUGGCUCCAUCAAGCUACGUUCACUCUAAGCAAUUGGCUUUUCUAGUGCCCUGCACAGAAAUGCGUAGCACUGACAGUAGCUGGAAGGCUACAGAGAGGCAGGAUGAGGAAGAUGAGAAGGCCACCAGGGAAAGUGACGCCUGUGUCUCUACUGGGCCCGCAAGUACACCGCCACCAAAUCCCACCACACCAUCAUCAACCCCCACACCUACUGCCCCACCUGCCCAGGAACCGACCAGUGGUAGGGCCAAUCCCAGAUCACAGAGAAAGAGGCCGGAACGAGAAGAGGACCGGCUGAUUGAUUGCCUGGAUGCCAUGGCCCAUCCGGCCCCCAGGCUCUCGUGCGAGGCCCUUUUCCUCCUCAGCUUGGAGGACAAAAUGAAAAGGGUGCCCAGUAGUCGACAGACUGAAGUACGGGACGCAAUCACACGCUGUAUUGACUCCUUCAUUCCACCUGAUGGUACCACACAUCAGACUACUGCGCCUCUACAUGCACCACCCAUGCACAUACACACGCCUCAAACAUACCCACAAACACCCAUGCAACACCAUCACGACACAUGGCAGCCACGAACACAUUCGUCCUAUGGUUAUCCCUUCACCAACCUGGGGCACAGCACCACCACCACCACACAAACGCAGAUUGGUGCCUGCUCACGUGGAAUGAGGGAGGAGAUGCAGGAGGACGAGCCCGACUUUGCGUUCUCACAAUACCAAAACUUGUGA